AUGUUGAGAACUCAAACUGCUAGAUUGAUCUGUAACUCUCGUGUUAUCACUUCAAAGAGAACCAUGGCCUUGGCUGCUCGUUCUUUAAACAAUGGUUUAAGAACCAAUGCUUCCUCUUUCCAAGCCCAAAAGAAAUUGCUAACUCCAAUGAUCACUACUCGUGGUUUGAAACAAAUCAAUUUCGGUGGUUCUGUAGAAACUGUCUACGAAAGAGCUGACUGGCCAAAGGAAAAGUUAUUAGACUAUUUCAAAAAUGAUACUUUUGCUUUGAUCGGUUACGGUUCUCAAGGUUACGGUCAAGGUCUAAACUUAAGAGACAACGGUUUAAACGUCAUCAUCGGUGUUAGAAAAAACGGUGCCUCUUGGAAAGCUGCCAUUGAAGACGGUUGGGUCCCAGGUGAAAACUUGUUCGAAGUCGAAGAAGCUGUCAAACAAGGUACUUAUGUGAUGAACUUAUUGUCAGAUGCUGCUCAAUCAGAAACUUGGACUGCUUUGAAGCCUUUGCUAACUAAAGAAAAGACUUUGUACUUCUCUCACGGUUUCUCCCCUGUCUUCAACGACUUGACUCAUGUCGAACCUCCAAAGGAUAUCGAUGUCAUCUUGGUUGCUCCAAAGGGUUCCGGUAGAACCGUCAGAUCUCUUUUCAAGGAAGGUCGUGGUAUUAACUCUUCUUACGCUGUUUGGAAUGAUGUCUCUGGUAAGGCUCAUGAAAAGGCUCAAGCUUUAGCCGUUGCCAUUGGUUCUGGUUACGUUUACCAAACUACUUUCGAAAAGGAAGUCGUUUCUGAUUUAUACGGUGAAAGAGGUUGUUUAAUGGGUGGUAUCCAUGGUAUGUUCUUGGCUCAAUACGAAGUCUUGAGAGAAAAUGGUCACUCCCCAUCUGAAGCUUUCAACGAAACUGUCGAAGAAGCUACUCAAUCUCUAUAUCCUUUAAUCGGUAAAUACGGUAUGGAUUACAUGUACGAUGCUUGUUCUACUACCGCCAGAAGAGGUGCUUUGGAUUGGUACCCAAUCUUUAAGGAUGCCUUGAAACCUGUUUUCGAAGACUUAUACGAAUCUACCAAGAACGGUUCAGAAACUAAGAGAUCAUUGGAAUUCAACUCUCAACCUGAUUACAGAGAAAAAUUAGAAUCUGAAUUACAAACUAUCAGAAACAUGGAAAUCUGGAGGGUUGGUAAGGAAGUUAGAAAGCUAAGACCAGAAAACCAAUAA